AUGACGGAUUUCCCCAAUAAAAAAACCAAAUUAUCACCUUCCACCACACUAGGAAUACAAGACAACAGCAACAAGCCAUGGGUUGAAAAAUAUAGGCCCUCCAACUUGGAUGAAGUUACAGCCCAGGAACAUGCAAUUGCCGUUUUAAAAACAUCUUUAAAAUCAGCCAAUUUGCCGCACAUGUUAUUUUAUGGUCCACCAGGUACAGGUAAAACUUCAACCAUUUUAGCUUUGACCAAAGAAUUAUUUGGCCCUAAACUGAUUAAAUCACGUGUUUUAGAACUAAAUGCGUCCGAUGAACGAGGAAUUUCCAUCGUUCGUGAAAAAGUUAAAAAUUUUGCCAGUUUAACCGUUUCUAAGCCAACAAAUGAUGAUUUAGCUAAAUAUGCUUGUCCUCCAUACAAAAUUAUUAUCCUAGAUGAAGCCGAUUCAAUGACGUCAGAUGCGCAGAGCGCACUACGUAGAACAAUGGAAACUUAUUCUUCAGUCACCAGGUUUUGUCUAAUUUGUAACUAUGUUACCAGAAUCAUUGAUCCGCUAGCUUCAAGAUGUACCAAGUUUAGGUUUAAACCAUUAAAUGAAACGAAUGCGUUGGAUAGAUUGACAUAUAUUUCUACUAAGGAAUUGUUACAUUUUGAAAAUGAUGAUAUGAAUGGUAUAUGCUUUCAAAUUUUAAAAAUAUGUGAUGGAGAUUUAAGAAAGGCAAUUACACUAUUACAAUCGUCCUCCAAAAUGACUAGUAAUGGAACUGGAGAAAUAACUUCGGCGCAAAUUAACGAAUUAGCUGGUGUAAUUCCAGACAAUUAUUUAGAAAAAUUAAUAGAAUCUAUAUCCAGUAAGAACGUUCAGUAUAUAAUUACCUUCGUUAAUGAUUUUAUUAGGCAAGGAUGGAGUGUAUCGGCAGUUGUGUCACAAUUAUAUGAUUAUUAUACUAAAGCUGAAGAGAGUGACAACUUGCAAAGUAAAGUUGAUUGGUUACUAUUUGAUACUGACUCUAAAUUGACGAAUGGUACCAAUGAGCAUAUUCAGCUAUUAAAUUUAUCUUUACAAUUGUCUCAAUUAUACUAA